AUGGACAUCGGAGGUUUGGAGACGGUGGUGGCCAAUUCGGCCUACGUCUCGGCCCGGGGCGGCCCGGGGGCUUCUUCGGGUCGAGAUCGACGCCAACGAGCCCGUCUCCGCCUGCCCCACAUCUCCCAGUGCGAGGCCCUCCGAGCCCGCUUGGCGGGAGGCGGCGGGGUUGCCCAAAAAGGGGGCGAAACGGCCCAAAAAGGGGGCGAAGUGGCUCAAAACGGCGUCGGCGGGGCCCAAAACGGCGUCGGCGGGGCUCAAAAUGGCGGCGGCGGGGCUCAAAAUGGCGGCGCCCAUGGAGGCGGCCAUCUUGAAGAGGAUACUUCCUUCCGGUGGCAGUGCGUGGAGCAACCAAUCGGGAAGCUGCUUUUCCAGCGGUUCCUAGAAGGGACGCCGGGAUUGGCCGCCGCCGGGGCCUUGUGGGCGGAGCUGGAGGCCUACGAGCGCUGCGAGGAUGAGGAGAGGGGAGGGGCGGCUGCCGCCAUCAGGGGAAGGUUCUUCGCCCCCGGCGGGGCCCAGCACUGCGGCUUCCUCAGCCCGGCCGCCGUCGCCCCGCCCGCAGGCGCCGCCCCGUCGGCGAACGACUUUGGGCAAGCUCGCCGGGAGUUACUAGCCCACCUGGAAGCGGUGGCCUGGCCCCCGUACCGCUCCUCCCCCGAAUUCGGGCGCUUCGUCCAGUUCAAGUGGUUGGAAGGGCAGGCGGUGGGGGCCGAGGCCUUCGUGGAUUUUCGGGUCCUGGGCAAAGGUGGCUUCGGCGAGGUCUGCGCCUGCCAGCGCCGGGCCACCGGCAAGAUGUACGCCAACAAGCGCCUCAACAAGAAGCGCCUCAAGAAACGCCAGGGCUACCAGGCGGCGCUGGUGGAGAAGCGGAUCCUGGCGCGGGUUCACAGCCGCUUCAUCGUCUCCUUGGCCUGCGCCUUCCAGACCAAGACCGACCUCUGCCUCGUCAUGACCAUCAUGAACGGCGGCGACCUGCGGUACCACAUCUACAACGUGGACGAGGAGAACCCGGGCUUCCCCGAACCCCGGGCCGUGUUUUACACCGCCCAGAUCCUGCUGGGGCUGGAGCACCUGCACCAGCACCGCAUCGUCUACCGCGACCUCAAGCCCGAGAACGUCCUCCUCGAUGACGCUGGUGACGUGGAGAACAAGGAGGUGACGAGACGCAUCCUCCACGACCCCGUCAGCUACUCGGAGCGGUUCAGCCCGGUGGCUCGCGCCGCCUGCGAGGGGCUACUGGCCAAGGACCCCAACACCCGCUUGGGCUUCCGGGACAACGACUGCGCCCAACUCAAGGGCCACCCCAUCUUCUCCAGCGUCAACUGGGGACGUCUGGAGGCAG